AUGUCCCGCCGUCACGAACUUUUAGAUAUUAACAUAAAGCCUACGAAUAUAAAUAUUUCGGACCAACGCUGUUCAGAACACGAGGAUUUGCCAUUUGAGUAUUUCUGUGUCGACCAUGAUAUUCUUUGUUGCAAGGAAUGUCAAGUAGAAACACACCGUUCCUGUCAGAAAGUUAUGUCAGUUGACAUAGCAUCUAAAGGCAUCAAAAGAUCUCAGUCAUUUAUCGAUGCAAUAGAACUAAUAGAACAUGUUUUAAUAACAGUACCCAUCAUUACAGAGGACAGACAGACUUUAAUUGAUAGCAUUGAAAAAGACGCAAAUGUGAUUAGAGAUGAAAUAAGGAAAGUGAAAGAAGAAGCAAUAAGUCACAUUGAAUAUCUAGAGAAAUUACUGCUCGAGGACCUGAAGCAUAAAAAAGAAAAAAUAUUAAACAAUGCAAAGGUGACGAUCACUGAAAUACAAGAUAUUGGAAAAAUCGCGAGAGAAAAAAAAGACACGUUUGAUAUAGUGGAGAAACAUGGAUCUGAAAAACAAGUUUUUUUUGCUGUUCAUGCGUACAAAACUGUUCUCGCCGAUCUUGAACAAAAAAUCAGUACAAUUACAGAGCAGACAACUAAUUUGUCAAUUAAAUUGAAUGCAGAUGUACCUAAGAAAAGCAUAAUUUCUAUCGGAACAAUUGACACAAUUGAAGUAUCCUCUUCGAAAGAAUUUAUUCAGAGAAAGAAGCGACAGUCUCAAAUUCCAACUUUACAACAACAAAUAUUACCGAUCUUCAUUGAGAAGCAAGGUGCUACCAGACUCAUGAAGUUAUAUGAUAGGAUUAAAGGAAUAAAAGUAAAUCAUUACAACGAACUUAUUAUUUCGACUUCUAAUUUGUGGUCUUUUCGUUAUGCAAUACAGGUGUUUGAAAAUAAUAAAAAGAGGAAUUACGAAAUGAUAAUCAAUCGUGAACCAUGGCAAAUUGUUUUAGUUCCGGGCCAAAACAGAGGAAUAAUAACAUUGUCAAAAACAAAUAUCAUUCAAUUUGUAGAUUUAAACACUUGUAAAGUAUUAAACGAAAUUUCGAUUGAGGGAUGCAAAGAAGGAGGUGUUGCUGCUUCAAAUGAAAACAUCUUUGUCGGCACGAAAGGAAACAUAAAAGUUCUGAAUCACAAUGGCAGACAUAUUCGAUCUAUCAAAAUGAAUAAUAAUAAAUUAACACCAAGGUACAUUGCAUUAGAUAAAAGUGGAAACAUCUAUCACAGUGACAGUGAAGUUAUUUGUUGUACGACAAUCGACGGUAAACAUCUUUUUACUUAUAAGCCUUCAGAAAACCAUAUACUGCACGGAGUAGCGAUAGAUUGUCAAGGGUACGUGUACGUAGUUGUCCAAACUCAAGGAGUGUAUAGAUUAAGAUCGGAUGGAACAUUCAGUGACUUAGUGGUGAAUGAAGAUGGAAAUGGACCCUUUUUUGAUAUCUGCUUUGAUAAAGACUGCACAAAAUUGUAUAUUUCAAAAGAACAUGGUGUUUUGGAAUAUACUCGACAAUAG